AUGCCUUACGCUUUAUCUGAUUCCCAUAAGUUAAUGUUACAAUCUCACUUACGUGAGACUGAUCCUGAAUUGGAAUCUAUUGUUAAAGAUGAAAUUGACAGACAACAGCAUUUCAUUGAUUUGAUUGCUUCUGAAAAUUUCACUUCAACUUCAGUUUUCGAUGCUUUAGGAACUCCAUUAUCUAACAAGUACUCUGAAGGUUAUCCAGGUGCUCGUUAUUAUGGUGGUAAUGAACACAUUGAUCGUAUUGAGUUGUUAUGUCAACAAAGAGCAUUAGAGGCUUUCCAUUUGACUUCAGAUCGUUGGGGUGUCAAUGUUCAACCAUUAUCUGGUUCACCUGCUAAUUUGGAAGUGUACCAAGCUUUGAUGAAGCCACACGAUAGAUUGAUGGGUUUAUAUUUACCAGAUGGUGGCCAUUUGUCUCAUGGUUAUGCUACUGAGCAUAGAUCUAUUUCUGCUGUUUCUACAUACUUCGAAUCAUUCCCAUACAGAGUUGACCCUGAAACUGGUAUUAUUGAUUACGAAACUUUAGAAAAGAAUGCUAUCUUGUAUAGACCAAAGAUUUUGGUUGCUGGUACUUCUGCCUACUGUCGUUUAAUUGACUACAAGAGAAUGAGAGAGAUUGCUGACAAGUGUGGUGCUUACUUGAUGGUAGACAUGGCCCACAUUUCAGGUUUAAUUGCUGCUGGUGUCAUUCCAUCUCCAUUCGAAUACGCUGAUAUCGUUACCACUACUACUCACAAAUCUUUAAGAGGUCCUCGUGGUGCUAUGAUCUUUUUCAGAAGAGGUAUUAGAUCUAUUAACCAAAAGACUGGCAAAGAAGUUCCAUACGACUUGGAAAACAGAAUCAACUUCUCUGUCUUCCCAGGUCACCAAGGUGGUCCACAUAACCAUACCAUUGCUGCUUUGGCUACUGCCCUAAAGCAAGCUGCUUCUCCAGAAUUUAAGGAAUAUCAAUUACAAGUCUUGAAAAAUGCAAAAUCUAUGGAAGAAGAAUUCAAGAAGUUGGGUUACAGAUUGGUUUCGGAUGGUACUGACUCUCAUAUGGUCUUGGUUUCCCUAAGAGAGCAAGGUGUUGAUGGUGCUCGUGUCGAAUAUGUCUGUGAAAAGAUUAAUAUUGCUUUGAACAAGAACUCUAUCCCAGGUGACAAGUCUGCCCUUGUUCCAGGUGGUAUUCGUGUUGGUGCUCCAGCUAUGUCUACUAGAGGUAUGGGUGAACAAGAUUUCAAGAGAAUUGUCGAUUACAUUGACAAAACUGUCCAAUUUGCUAGAAACAUUCAACAGUCUUUACCAAAGGAUGCUAACAAAUUAAAGGACUUCAAGGCCAAGGUUGAUGAAAGCAGUGCUGACUUAGCUUCAUUGAAACAAGAUAUAUAUAACUGGACAGCUGAAUUCCCAUUGCCAGUUUAA